CAACAAAGACCAACUUCCGGGUUGUCCUAAAGUCGGUCACGAGCAGAAGAGCAGAACAGUCGAGUCGACCGGCACACGCUCUUGAACGCAUCACACAAGUGUUGUUUGCUGUAAACACAGGUCAGGUUGUUCCAGUUGUAUCUAGUAUCUAAUCAUUAGGGGGAAAGUAUGAAUCCUAACGAAGCACAAGAUCAAGGUGAAUAUUUGGAGGCGGUGACUGCAAUGGUUUGUCAGGAGGACGACCUCACAGAUGGGCAGAUGAAAGUAGUCUCUGUGGCAGACCAGAAAGUGUUGCUCGUCCGCACUGAGGGUCAGUACAGUGCAGUUGGAAGUCAGUGCUCUCAUUAUAAUGCUCCUCUGGUUAAAGGAGCACUGGUUGGCAACAGAGUGAGAUGCCCUUUCCAUGGUGCAUGUUUCAAUAUUAAAACUGGAGAUAUUGAGGAGUAUCCAGGCCUGGACUCUCUACCUUGCCACAAAGUGAACGUUCGAGAUGGAAAGGUGUACGUUUCCAUCAAGAAACAGGCUCUUAAGCAGACCAGACGUGUGAAGGAGAUGUGCAGUGUUUUACCAAACAUCACACAUACCAUCCUGCUCGUAGGAGGGGGGCCCGCGGCCUUGGUGUGUGCGGAGACUCUCCGCCAGAACUGCUACCAGGGCCGAAUUGUCAUGGUAACUAAAGACUCUUUGCCUCCUUAUGACAAGCCCAAGCUGAGUAAGGCGUUGAAUGAGGACAGCGGCAAAAUUGUCCUCCGCUCUAGUGAAUUUUUUCAACAAUAUGGGAUAGAAGUACAGCUGGAGCAAGAGGUGGUGAAUGUAAACACAAGCGAUAAAGCCGUGACGAUGAAGGAUGGCUCGUUGCUGCGUUACGACCAGCUUCUUAUCUCCACAGGCUGCAGAGCGAGGCCACUCAGUUGCCCGGGUAGUGACCUGGCAGGAGUGAAGUUACUGCAGAGGUAUGAAGAUGCCAAAGACAUUCAUGCUUCCUGCCUGGGCCACAAGGCUGUUGUCGUUGGAACCUCCUUCAUAGGUAUGGAGGUGGCAUCCUAUCUAAGCAACAAAGCUUCCAGUGUGGCCAUUGUUGGGACCACCAAGUACCCAUAUGAACACUCUCUGGGUUCCCAGAUUGGCCACAUGACCAUGCAAAUGUUGGAGGAGCAUAAUGUGAAGUUCUACAUGAAUGACGCCGUCACUGAAAUCAGAGGAGAGAACGGCUCGGUGAAAGAGGUCCUGCUGAAGAGUGGUACAGUUCUAGAGGCUGAUGUGGUGAUUGCAGGAAUAGGUGUGAUCCCCAAUUCUGACUUCCUAGCAGGAAGUGAAGUUGAAAUAGAUUCCAGGAAAGCAGUAGUUGUAGACAAGUUCAUGAGGACCAACGUAGCAGAUGUUUUCAGUGCGGGAGAUGUUACUUCCUUCCCUUUGACCAUACGAGGUGAUCAACGGGUCAAUGUGGGUCACUGGCAAAUGUCGCAAGCUCAAGGAAGAAUUGCUGCCCUCAAUAUGCUAAAUAAACCUACCAAAAUCGAGUCUGUUCCUUUCUUCUGGACUGUGUUGCUUGGAAAGAGUAUCAGAUACACAGGGUAUGGGGAGGGCUACACUGAAAUCAUAAUCAAAGGCAAAGUGGAGGAAAGAAAGUUCCUGGCAUUUUAUAUCAAAGAUAAUGUGGUGGUGGCGGCGGCCAGCCUCAUGUUUGAUCCUGCUGUGGCUCGGCUGGCAGAACUGAUGGCAGCAGGUCAACACAUUACAAAAGCUCAGACUCAAGCUGAAGACCUGAGUUGGCUCCAGAUGUAACGUGUCAGAAGUGCAUCUCAGUGGUAAAGAACACAGCUGCCUUCCGUCUUGAUCCCAUCCCUUCACUGCCUCUGGCAUUCUCAAAGCUGGUCAAUGUCUGGCAUGGUCUUACUUGAUUCGUCCUGUUGUUACCAUGACACCCACAACGUCAGAAUGGAUCAACACGUUAUGCCACUAGGUGCUUUCUGAAGAUGCAAGUUACAGUGAAUUGUAUUUGAAAAAAGAUCAAGUGCAAAAAAAAAAAAAUGCCAGAAACAUUUAGGCCUCAUGACCUUGUUUACAUUUGUAGUGGCUUGGAAUAGCUUUGCGUCUUUUGUCUUUCUGAUUUACAGUAAAAGGUCAAGUAUUUUAUGAUGUAAAAGCGUAACAUGAAUGGGUAGGUAGCAUUUUAAGCAAACGUAAACAUUAACAACUUGAAAAUAAAAUGUCACUAAUAAUCAGGUGGUAAUUAAUCAAUCAUUCCCAUUCAGUCGUAUAAAAAUCGAUGAUUGUUCAUGUAGGAGACUGGACUGUUACAGAAUUGUCUGUUAUUUAUUCCUUUGUUGUGUGUUCACAACCCCCCCCCCCCGAAUUUAUUUUGUGAUUUCCUCGCUGGAUUUUCUGUUUUGGUGCAUUAUUUUUCGAUUUUCUUAGUGUCAUCGAAGCUAUCGUUACUUUACGUUUUUCUGAGGCGGUCUUUGAACGCCUCUCGAGCGGAACGGCAGAAGUGAAGGCACGUAGUCGGACACGAGAUGUGUCUGUAUUUGUUUGAGAGUCUUAAAAAAUUAAUAAAGUGUACGUUUAAAAAAAAUCAACACUACAGCUCUCAUUUAGUUAGUAGUUCUUCCUUUAUAUCAGUUCUGAUGUACUCCAAUGACCAUGAUUGUUCUGUCAUCUUUGUGUUUAUGCAUUGUUUACAUCGUUGUAUCCCAAUUCUUAUAAAAUAUUUCACAC